AUGGACACAAGUUAUCUCACCACACAGGUCACCACAAUCAUCGGCCAGCUGCACUCCAUAUUUGAUGAGAUUGGUGUGCCUCGAAAUGAACGCGACUCUCGCGAAACCGAGCUCUUCGCUGCUCUAUCCGAAGCGUUGCACAAUCAGUUGCGCCUGGUCAAUUCUGAAAAGAACAAGCUCACCGAAGAAGCGCAAAAUAUCAUAAACACAAUCAAGCAGAUGGAAGCGUCGCUGGACGACGAAAAGGACCGGGGCUACGAUGUUGACACCGAUGGCCUCCGUGUAACAUUCCCGUUGGUCGAUUGUUUACGCGACCUGAAAGAGAAGUACAACAUCGUCAGUCGUCUACACCGAGAGCGCUUUGAUCAAGUCAAGAAACUUGUACAAGCUCUCGAGUCUUAUUCCUCUCACCUCGAGUCAUCCUUUGUCAAGAUCCGGCUGCCACCCACUUCCUCGAAUUCAUGUCCCCCUACAUUCGACCUUUCCCCCUCCUUUGUUGCCUCACUCGACGACGAAUUCACUCGAAUUUACGAUGAAUAUAACAAGAGAGUCAUCAUAGUCCAGCAGACUUCAGAAGAGAUAGUACGACUGUGGUCUGAGCUGGGAAUUCCUCAGGCCCAAACCGAUUCGUUAAUAGUACAGCAUUACCGCGAUUCACCCGAGCAGUUGGGCCUCCACCAAGCAGAUCUCGACCGCCUACGUAGUCGCCGAGAGAAGCUGCUUGAUGAGAAAAAGGGCCGUGAAAAACGCUUAACCGAGAUCAAGAAAAAUAUCGAAACGCUUUGGGAUCGCUUGGGAGUUGAAGAGCCCGACCGAAAGGUCUUUCUCGCCUCUAACCGUGGCUGUGGUUUAAGAGCCAUAAAUGAGUUUGAGGACGAGUUAGCGCGUCUGAAUGAACUCAAGAGACAGAAUCUGCAUCUCUUUGUCGAGGAUGCCAGAGUCAGACUCCAAGAGCUAUGGGAUUCCUUAUUCUUUUCCGAAGAGGAAAUGCUUGAUUUUACACCGGCCUUCUCUGAUGUUUAUAGCGAUGCCUUGCUAUCGGCUCAUGAAGCAGAGAUUGAACGGCUGGAAACUCUCAAAGAACAACGAGCUCCAAUUCUGGAAAAGGUCGAGAGAUACAAAUCCUUGAUUACCGAUCGCGAUGCUCUUGCCGCUUCCGCCAAUGAUGCAUCAAGACUCCUACUCAAGCCCCAAAAGGGAGAGAAGCGAGAUCCUGGCAAGCUUCUCAGAGAAGAAAAGAUGAGGAAGCGAAUCGCGAAGGAGUUGCCAAAACUCAUCGCUGAGUUAGCAAAGAUCUUGGAGAAAUAUGAAGACGAAUAUGGACGACCUUUUCUGAUUCAUGGAGAGAAAUUUCUCGACGAACUGGAGGAGACAGAAGUCAAAGCACCACCACCUCGAUCCAAGACACCAAAUGGGCUCCCGCCGAGAGCAAAAACUCCAGCUCCAGCAGUAACCGCUAGCAAGCCAGUUGUCAGUAACAGCAAAGCUUCUCAGCCAGGACGACCAGCAAGUGUCAUGAGAGCACCUCCUCCUACUCGAUCAACGGCCAAAACUCCAACAGGUAGUCGACCAGGAACAAUCAGACAGCCAGGGCCCGGAGCCUCUGCUCCUCCAACCAAGUCUCCAUCUAAGAUUCCGGCUCGAGCACCUGCAAGCCCCGUCAAGAAUGGAAACCACUCACCUGAACGUCGGACCAUUCCCCAGCCAAGUGGAACCAGCCAUCAUCAUCAACAGCUGCAGCAACCUCCACAACAGUCUUACUCCCAAACUACGAGAACAAUGGGUCCACCACGAGCCCCGCCACCAAAGAUGCGAGAUCUCUUUAUACCACCUGACCAGACACCUACGAAUGUCGCUGAUUCAUAUCCUGCUCCCUCAACAAAUCGUCCACUAAGUACAGUUUCGUCUAGCUCGAACGAAAGCAGCCGUUAUGUCCGCCCGGUGAGCCCCGAAGAUGUCUAUCAUGAUAGUGAAAGAAUGUCUUACAUGUCCGCGUCUCUGGUAAACCGCGACCGACAAGCGCAAUAUCCACAGCAGCAGUUUCAUCAAUCCCAAAGUCAAUAUCAUGACGCGCACUAUCAGCCACAGAAUCAUGCUAAAUCCCAUUAUCAAGCUCCACCCAUGCAUCCCCACCAAACAUCCUUCUCUUCAUCAACCUCAAUGCACAGCCACAAUACAUCACAUCACCCUAUUCCAUCAGGACCUCAGUCCACGAUGUCCUCGCGUCAGCCUUCCAACACGUCUUCGAACAUGACAACGGGUACGACUGCCUCCGGUUCGGAGAAUUGGGAGACGUUCUCGGAUGCAUCAGAAAUGGAACCUGAGCGUGAUGUGCGAGAUAAUUACUACGCCAAAACCCAGCAACAUCAAGUGGUCAGCACAACCAACGCCCUAGGCAUGAACCCAAACCUCAAUGGCAAGCGGCCGCUGACGGCGCAUGGCGGUGAGAGAAGUCAUCUAGGCCAGAUGGCUCCUCCACCAGCAAAAAUCCGUAUGCAUGCCAACAAUCCUCACUACCAGCAACAGCAGUUCCGAGAAAUGUCGGACGAGAAUAUUCGACGAGUGGAUGACAGCGACGCAACUUGGAACACGGAAGUUGAAGAGACCUAUUGA